AGCAACGUCUCACCAAAGAGCCACCUACUACACUACAUGAAGAAUAAGAGUGCCAAGACAGACGCAACCCCCUGGAAGCCACCAGCAUCAUAGCGGGGUCUCCCGCCGCAUAAGCUUCUCUUUGAGAUGUUCCCUAAGAUAUAUCGCUUGGUUUGCCAUAAUUCAUAUAUUGAAUGUACGAGAAACUCUUUAAUGCUGAUCCGUUCGUUCCUAUAAGAGGAAAACGUUAGCACCCACUUUCAUAACCUCCUACCUCAACCUCAAAAUGGAAUACAACGGCCUCCCAAACGAGGUUCUUGACCGAAUAUGCUUCUAUCUCUGCUUCCACUGCCAAAACCCCGGCAUUUUCCCUAACUCGGACACCGCAGAGAACCGAGCCGACAAAGCCGCGCUCACUGGCCUUUGCCGCUCAUCGAAGCGUCUAAACGCCGUCGCACAACCCAUCCUCUUCCACUACUAUGCCGCCGGCAACCUCCCCCGGAAAGUCAACACCGACUUGGGCAGGACCCGCCAGUUCUUUGGUGAAGAGGACGACAAGCUGCCUCUUUUUGUCCGCACCCUCGUCGCACGCCCCGAUCUCGCUGCCUGCAUUACAUCCCUCCAGCUCCAAACCUGUAACGCUGGUACCGGCUGCCCGCCCGAGAUUCUCAACAGCUUCGCCCGGGCCAGCAAGGAGCUAGGCCUCGCAACCCCGACGCCCCUGUACCCAGAGUCCAACAAGUACCGCACCCUCGCCACACGCUAUCGACGUAACAUCCACCGCUGGCUACAAGCGCUUUCCAUCGCGCUCACGCCGCGCCUCGAGAUGCUCCUCCAUGUCCUUGAGGACGUCACGCCAUAUGACUAUUUUGAAGACUCGAGCGUUGAGCUACCAGCCCUCAAGACGGUCGCGCUGCGUGGGUCGCAUGCUGACUAUGACCUGCACGAUGUCGGACCGCUGGUCGCCGCGGCACCGAACUUAGACACGCUGUAUGCUCUCGACUGCGGUGACCCGGUGGAAAGUCAGUCAUGGCUUCCCCUGGGGAGGCUGCGCAGGAUUGUGGUGGAGGGGCUUCGCACUGGAGAUCUGGCUGAGGUGCUGAGUGGCUGUCACUCGCUGCGGGAUAUGGAGUACUAUAUGUACAGCUGGGUGGAUAGUGUGCCUGUGAUGAGGGCACUCGCUCCAGUGAGGGCGGACCUUCGGAGGCUCUGUCUUAGCCGUCUACCGUCAUUGACAAAGAAUUAUCAUGAUAUGCUGCCAAGUCACGACGCAGUUUUCAUACCAUCCCUGUACAGCUUCGAGCAACUCGAAGACCUCGUUAUCGACCAGGUAAUCGUCUACAGCAAGCAAAGUGUCCCGGCCGACACGGGCCGACUCACAAGUUUUCUACCGCCCUCAAUCCGAAGUGUGCAUCUCACCUAUGUGUACAAGGCUAUGAAUGCCGACCUGCUGCAUCUCGCUGCGGCAGCCUCAUCCAGCUUUCCGAACCUCCACAGCGUGAAGAUUGGUUUCGUGGAUGUGACGCCCGCUAGAGAGGCAGAGAUGGAACAGCUACCGGUGGUGGAGGCGGCGUUUGCAGAGUCUGGCGUGCGGUUAACGUGGGGAGAGGAUUUCACAGGCCCGUAUUUGUAUACAGUGAUCCCGGGAGGGGCGCCUGGAAUGACAAUCGCUCACGUGAAUACGACGGUUCCGGGAGGCGAGCCAGGCACAACAGUGGUUCACGUGCCGGCCGUUGCAGAUAGUGUCCAUUGUAGCUGUAAUUGAUAAAAGGGUAAUGUCACCCCAAGGCAAUAAUUGUCAUCUUCGUUUCUCGGAUAGAAUGCUCAUAGCUUAUAAAUUAUUCAGCCAUGGAUCAUCAAUCAGCUCCUUAGCCGUCUUUCUCUCCUCCGGCAUCCACCGCACCAUCCCACUCGAAAAAGUCAGAAAUUUCCUCUUUUCCUCCCCUUGUAGAUUCUCCUCUUCAUCUUCUAAAGAUGUUUCUUCCACUUUGACGUCUCUCGUAAAGUCUCCUAAACAACGUAAGUUUAUCAUCCCCUAGUAGAACUCAAUAGCUCACCAUCCUCAUCAAAAAACAUAUCUGAG